GCGCCGCUCAGAGCUUAUGGCGGCCGGCGAAACGGCGGAGCGCAAGCCGUCGGCGUGUUGCAUAUCACACGCGUUCUACAAAGCCGCUUCUAAAUUCCCCCAUAAAAUUGCCGUUAUACACGCCUCCGGUUUCGCUCGAAUUACCCGUGAUAACACCGCCGCCAACGCACCGCCGCAUGACGAUGCUAUCGAAUUAGCCUCCGUGGAAAGAGCAUCUUCUUCCCGACCACCAGUCUACGACGGCGACGAUUGCUUCACUUUCUCCGAUAUUAUCUCCGCCGUCGAUAACCUCAGUUCUCGACUCAGGCACAUUCUCAACGGCGCCGACGAUCCAUAUCCUAUCAACGCCCAGCCAGUUAACAGUUUCAGAGAAGAGUCUGCACAAGUUUCCGAAGAAUCGUUGCAGUGUUUCUCGACUAAUUUUCGGAAUCUACGCACUCCGAAAGUUGUAGGGAUAUAUAUGGAGCCGUCGGUUGAGUACAUUGUGGCUGUUCUUUCUGUUUUAAGAUGCGGGGAAGCGUUCAUGCCUUUAGAUCCAUCUUGGCCAAAAGCGAGGAUAUUAUCACUCUUGUCUUCUUCAAAAGCUAAUCUAGUUAUCGGGGUCGAAUCAUCGAACGAGGAGAAGCUUUUUCACAGGCUCGAUACGAUAGGUUGGCUUGUUAGUGAAGGAAAUCGCCCUGUUUUAUGUGUAUGUAUGAACGAUAUUAUCAAAGAACAGUCUCGUCCGUUAGUGUUGGAGUGGCCUUGUGAAAAUGAAAGGUUGAGAUCGUUCUGUUAUUUGAUGUACACGUCGGGAUCUAGCGGAAAGCCUAAGGGUGUAUGUGGCACUGAAAUAGGUGCGAUUUUUUUAUUAAGAUUAAGAGGGUCUGUACUUUCCACUUGUACGUUGGUGAUACCUCCUUUCAAUCAGCUAAAAGAAAAUAUAUUCUAUAUUACGGAGUUUUUACAGGGAUACUUGAUUAACAGGCUUGUAGCUGUACCCUCUUUGAUAAGAGCAAUCCUUCCGUCUUUGCAAAGUCGACGCUUCAGAAGAAUUCAAUAUUCUUUGAAGUUAUUAGUGCUAAGUGGUGAAGUCUUACACCUUUCCUUGUGCAAGACGCUUCUGAAGUUACUCCCUCAAACUUCGGUUUUGAAUUUGUAUGGGAGCACGGAGGUGACAGGUGACUGCACAUACUUCGACUGCAAGAGAUUGCCACUGAUUCUUGAAAAGGAAGAACUUAGCAGUGUGCCAGUUGGCUUGCCUUUAUCUAACUGUGAAGUGGUCCUUGUUGGAGAAGAUGCACCGUUGCAAGGAGAGAUAUAUGUGAGCGGGCUAUGUGUUGCAGCGGGUUACUUCGACUAUCCAUAUCUUAUCCCUUUAGCGGAUAGAGUUCAAAAGUACUUCAAAACGGGAGAUUUUGCCAGAAAGCUGUCGAGUGGCGAUUUCGUUAUUAUUGGUAGAAAGGAUCGUACAUUGAAGGUCAAUGGUCAAAGAGUCGCUCUUGAGGAGAUCGAGACUGCAUUUCGCGACCAUCCUAGUGUAGUUGAUGCUGCAGUGCUAUCCCGUGAGGUUGAUGGAGAAAUCUUGCUUCUUGAAGCUCAUGUGGUGAUGGAGGAAAAAAACGAGGAUGAUGAACUUUUGGAAUCUUCUCUUAGGAACUGGCUAUUGAAUAUGCUUCCUCAGGUUAUGAUACCGACUCGUAUAUUGUUGACCAGAUCACUACCUUUGACCUCAUCUGGAAAAGUUGAUUACAUGUCGUUGGCUGCUUCGACGACGUCAGAUGAACAAGACAGGAUUAAUGUCAAAGAAAUGAACCAGGAUAACCUCAUUCAAGUUAUCUUAAAGGUAUUUUCUGAUGCACUGAUGGUCGAAAAGGUUUCUGUGGAUGACGAUUUCUUUGAGAUGGGUGGUAAUUCUAUAUCCGCAGCCUAUGCUACUUUCAAGUUGGGAAUCCAUAUGAAGUUGUUGUACACUUUUCCGACCCCACGUAGGCUUCAAACGGCACUUUUAUCAUCCAAAUUUAGUGUACAAAUUGAUGCUCAUUCGGGAGUAGAUAGUAAUAUGGAUAAUUACAAUCCCAUCAAAAAAUUGAAGGUCGAAUCGAAGGAGCAAAGUCCUAGGGAUAUAUUAUGGAAUCCCGGUGCAGUAGUGCACACAGAAUGUACUUUUAGUCGAUGCAACAGAAGCACACAUGGAGUACAAUGUGAGGAAAAUUAUUCAAGCAACGCGGCCUCGUCAAAGAUUAGACCAAGAGAUGGAAAAGGGUUUAUGCAAGUACAGUGGAAAGUUGACAUGGAAUCUUGUGUCGAUGCAUCACCUCUUGUCGUUUUUAAAGGAAGUCGUGUUUGUGUUUUCAUUGGAUCUCACUCACGCAAAUUUGUUUGUAUAGAUGGCAAAAGUGGAGUUGUUCAGUGGGAGACGAAACUCGAAGGACGGGUAGAAUGCUCUGCUGCAAUUCUUGACGAUUUCUCUCAGGUUAUAGUUGGAUGUUACAAGGGAAAGAUUUAUUUCCUUAACUUUUCAAACGGCAGUGUCAGUUGGAGUUUUCAAACGAAUGGUGAGGUAAAAUCACAACCUGUGAUCGACAAACGCAGACAUUUGGUUUGGUGCGGAUCUUACGACCACAAUUUAUAUGCGAUCGAUUACAGAAACUACUGCUGUAUUUAUAAACUUCCAUGCGGUGGCAGUAUAUUUGGUUCACCUGCUAUUAACGAGAUGCAGGAAAACCUUUAUGUAGCAUCCACCAGUGGUCACAUUACAGCCUUGGAAAUUAAGACAAUGCCCUUUAAGAAGUUAUGGAAGCAAGACAUAGGAGCCCCUGUUUUCGGCUCUCUCUCGAUCAAUUAUCCGAAUGGAAAUGUCAUUUGUUGCUUGGUAGAUGGUUCUGUUGUUGUUCUCAAUCCCUCUGGCUCUGUCGUAUGGAAGGUCAAAACCGGUGGGCCAAUUUUCGCUGGACCUUGCGCAUCUCGAGCAUUACCUUCCGAGGUCCUCGUGUGCUCCAGAGAUGGAAGCAUCUAUUCUUUCGAAACGGAAACGAGUAACCUAAUCUGGAAGCAUUCAAUCGGAAGUCCAAUUACUUCUUCUCCUUAUGUAGACGACAACUCCCCUAUUUCAGACAGGUUAAUAUGUGUAUGCGACAGUUCUGGUAGUAUUUACGUAUUAAGAGUCGACUCGAAUGCUAUUGGGGAUUCGGAACAAAAUACGGAAAAUACGGUACGAGAAUUUGCUCGGUUAGAUCUACAAGGAGAUAUCUUCUCUUCUCCUGUGAUGAUUGGGGGCAGGAUUUUUGUGGGUUGCAGAGAUAACCAUGUGUAUUGUAUUGCCCUUGGUCUCGAAUAAUGGUAUAAAGCCUCGUACGGUUAGUAGGAUACGUCGUGAUUUUAAAUAAUUAAUUCUUAUUUGAUAUUAAAAAAAAUAAUUAAGGCAAACUUAUCUUGAUCCAAUUAUGCAAUUAAUUAAAGUUUCAUAGGAUUGUACGAUUAACGAACCAAGCUUGAAUAUAUAUUUUUGUUUGAUAAGGUGCAAAGUUCGAGAUCGAGCUCGAUUAGUGAUAAAUGAAAAAUGAGUUCAUUAGAGCUUGAUUCGUGUUCGGCUCGAUCAACUAUUGAUUGA